CUUUGUAGUUGACUGUGCAGCCAUUUUGGGGAGGCUGUCGUCGAGCUUGUCUGUGCCGUUACCAGCUGCCUAAAAUCACACAAAGAAACCAAACGGACAAACGUUGGACGACACACGCCGUUAAAGAUGGGCCCGCCGGGAGACAGAACACGCCACACGUCGACUGAAAGAACGGAGGAUUCCAGCUGGAUUGUCGAUUUAUCUUGACAUGGCAUGCGGCAGGGCGAGUCGGAGGUUGUGACGACUGAAGAAAAGAAGAGAAAGAAAAACAAGCGCAGCAAACACCUCGAAACUUCAGACGUGGAAAGGGGAGAUUUUGUUUAGCUAACGUUUAUUGCGCCACUCAGCGUUUUGUCGUUUGUUGGCUAUUGAUUCCCUUCCUGUUUUUUUGUCGAUUAAGUUAACAAGACGCGACUGAAGCUAACUAUACCUAAAGCUAACAUGCUGAGCACGAGCAACACCAGUUAGUCAGUCACCCCUGCAGGUCUCUUGACUCUCACAACACUGGCAGUCGCGUUGAACCUGGCGAGAAAAUGUAAACGCGUAGAAAGAUGACUGUACGCUAGCUAGCCAACCACACUUGGGCCUCAAUUAAGCCAAUCAGUCAGAAGAUAAGAUGUAGCUAUCUCGUCGGUUCACUACUAGUUAGUGUUGGAAGUGAAUGCCUAGAUUAGCUUGCUAGCUCACCUUAGCUAGUGCGCUAAAAAUACGCCCACAUCAUGACUAUCAGCAGUGGCAGCAGCGCAGGCCGUGGGCCAAGUGAGUGGCAGUAAAAGUCAAGGAAAUGUCAAGGUACUUUCGCAGUAGUCUUCGAUGUUACCCGGUGCCAAUAUCUCCUGGCAUCUAUAUUUACCUGCCAUGUUCGUCUGUAUCCCCAACCCGUCUUUAACACGCACAUAACUGUAUACCUACAGAGAAACAAACACGUUGAUAGCCAUGGAUGAGGGACUUUGAAAUGACCCACGUAAUAGAAUAUUUGUCCGCUUGCUAGUCUCUGUAGUCCUCAAUUUCACGAGCAAAAAAAGUAUAUUGUCGGUAUGGGUUUUUACAGUAGCAGCCAUUUUUGUUGAUUUCAGUACAAUUCUCAGUAAAAAAAAUUUGAGUUGCUCUUUUCUUUAAAACUCUGUUCGUGUCGAUGGCAGGUUGAAAAACACUCAUUUGACUUAACAAUCAUGUCUUAAAACAUGGAUUUCUGAACAAGUAAUAAGGAGAUGUAGUCAUAGCUUGUUGACCAAUCCCCUCCUAAACACUGCCCUUUUACAAAAAAAAUAAAAAAAUGACUUAGUAUUGUUUCUGAUUUGUUGAACUUCUCAGUUGGUAGUGGGUAUUUUAGAGAUCUAGCCUAGAGUUGUUCGAUGCGUUGUCUCUGCAAAGGGUAGCUACCUCCAUCCUUUAUCCAACGUAUAAAUACAAAAGUACAGAGUUUUGCCAAAAUAUUCUGCACAAGAGAAGAAGACACUACCAUCGAAAUCUAACCAUGGGGGACCCAACUUCACGAAGAAAUCACACAAGAAAUCGACUACGAGCUCAACUUCGGAAGAAAAGGGAAUCUUUGGCUGAUCAGUUUGACUUCAAGAUCUAUAUAGCCUUCGUUUUCAAAGAAAAGAAGAAGAAGUCUGCACUUUUUGAGGUAGCUGAAGUGGUGCCAGUGAUGACCAACAACUAUGAAGAAAACAUCCUACGAGGUGUGCGAGAUUCCAGCUACUCUCUCGAGAGUUCAAUAGAACUCCUGCAAAAAGAUGUUGUGCAACUGCACGCCCCCCGAUACCAGUCAAUGCGAAGGGAUGUGAUAGGCUGCACACAGGAGAUGGACUUCAUCCUUUGGCCACGCAACGAUAUUGAGAAGAUCGUCUGUCUACUGUUCUCCAGGUGGAAGGGGGCUGAUGAUGAACCCUUUAGGCCUGUUCAGGCCAAGUUCGAAUUUCAUCAUGGAGACUACGAGAAGCAGUGCUUGCAUGCUUUGGGUCGUAAAGACAAGGCUGGAAUGGUCAUGAACAACCCAACUCAGUCUGUAUUUCUCUUCAUGGAUAGACAGCACUUACAGACUCCUAAAACCAAGGCCACAGUGUUCAAGUUGUGCAGCCUCUGCCUAUACUUGCCUCAGGACCAGCUGACCUGCUGGGGUGUGGGAGACAUAGAGGAUCACCUCCGCCCAUACAUGCCUGAUUGAGGCUUCCUGCAUCACCCAGCCACACAGGAAAAAGCCCUUCCCCUCCCUCCAGCCUAAGCCUUCAGAAGCAAAUUGAUGUACUCAUCUCCAUUCAUUUCCUUUUAAAAGAUUUGAACUUGUGCUUGGAUCUCUCCUGUUUUUGUUACCUACUCGUUCUCCCCUCCCUGACCUGAAGCUGAUUCAGUUCCCAUCCUUGUCUUUUUUUUUUCCCUCAUGCUCCCAAUGUUCCUCCUCUUCUCUUUGCCAUUUUUGGAUUGGUUCCCCCAUUUUUUUCCCUUUUACUCCCUCUUCAUUCCCCCCUUUACUCACUCAUGCAUUUUUGUUCAUUUGAACCUGCACGAACAUUGAUUUUGAGUGGUUGGUUGUUCUCUUGGAGCCGCACUAUCAACAGCACCGGUCAUUGAAGGAACUCUUUAUGUUGCAUCAAAACAGGAAUAAACAAUACAGGUCUUCACGGUGGUUCUCAGACGGACGUGUUUAAUAUCCUUGUUGUCAUAAGAGGUUUGUUAAAGCUUGUUUGUAAUGUCAAUGGGGUUUCUAGAACAACUUUACACAAUCUUUUGACCAAGGACAGGUGUGAAUAGGUGUUUAAACACCUGUGUAAGCAAAGAAAACAAGAUGAACAAUAUUUGUCAAAUCAUAUGGUGUAGGUAUUGCUUCUUAAAAACCGCCUUAGUUUAUUUUUUUGCUGGACUUUAAAAAAAAUGUUUUGGUGUCAUUUGCUUUCCUCUAAGACAUGCUAGGCAGGCCUUUGCUAACAUCUUGAGUGGCUUGAAAGGCAUUGUACACAAAGUUAAGACGUGUUGGUUAGAUGUUGGAGGUCAUUGUCACCAUUUAAGCACCAUUCAUUUAAGCUACUGAGAUCUUUUUUAUUUGGGAUGUGGGGUGGUGAAAAACUGAAAUGGUGACAUACUUAAUGUUUAACUUGCCUAACAAAGUUGCUGAAGCUAACUGAUUUGUUUAAUUUGACCUACUAAAAUGAAAAUAAUUUGCUGCCAUGCUCAUCAAAUUAAAAUUGGGCUUGCUUGUCAAAGAAUAUUAAGUACAUAGUUCAUAUAAUUUUGCUCCUUGUUGAUUCAGUGUGUUCAGUUAAAAGGGUAUUAGGCGUGUAACUUCUGUUUUUUUUCUUUUGUUGAUUCUCAAGUCAAUACUGCUGAGCAUAUCCCAAUACAAUGCAAAUUCUGAAAGCAUAA